UGAUGCGACAAUGAAAUUAUGACUUGGGAUUUGCGAUCCGCCUCUACGGGACGUUGGGACGGAGUUUGGGAGUGACUCUGGGCUCAUAUUCAAUGUCGACAGUGCAGUUAACGGUAAAGGGUGUCACUGCGAGCUCAUAUUCGGGUCAUUUCAAGCCUGAAAACGUACUAGUGGAUCGGCCUGACGAUCACAACAGCAGGUGGACCGGUGCCUAUCAUACUUCCACUCCUCUUCAGCGUCGAAAGCAAUGGCUUAAAUUAGAGCUUGAGCGGCUCAGCGUAGUCAAAACAAUAACUUUCGGGAAGUUUAAAACAGUCCAUCCAUGCAACAUGGACCAUUUCAAAAACGAUGACAUCCCCCAAAUAUUUGCCUUAAAUUAUUGCAAUGAAGAGGGGGUACCUUUCCCAUGUAGAUUCAUUAAAAUCGUUCCCCUCAGUCCCGCCACACAAACCUACAAUAUUUCCAUCUGGAGCGUAGCCCUUCAUGGAGUCUCAGACCCUGAGCUGGUUAAGCAGAUUGCGGAGGAUUUUUCCAGUUACUGUGAAAAUUUGACGAUGCGCUUGAUAUUAAAGCACCUGAGGUCUCGUCGACUGAACGAGGCGUACGAGAAGCUUUUAAGAGACACCGGCCUAGUGAUUGAGCUUCCCAAGGUUUCUGAGCUUCAUGGGGCGCUUGUGGUGAGAGGCGACUAUGUCGGUGCGGAGGAAAUUUGGAGGUCAUUCAUCUUGGCUUCCGAAGCUUUCGCGUCGACAGAGACCAACACCGCGGGACGUAUUCUAGCUCCACUUCCUACCUCUUCAGUUCCUCAUAGGGAAACAGAUCUUAACACAACCCAAAAACAGAAUUCAGCGUUGUCUCCGAUUGCACCGAAAACCAUAUGGCACCGCCUUCGUCCCUCAGUCAUCUCUCAUUCACCAGCCACUUCGGCCUCUCGUGGGCCAUGUGCCAGAGGAGGACAUUUCAUGGUUAUUGAUCUCGCACCGUCGACGGAGAAUGAGGGUAGUCUUGCUGGGCCUGGGGGCUUAAUAUAUCUGUUUGGUGGCUGGAACGGCGCUAGAGAACUGGCCGAUUUCUGGGUCUAUGACCUCAGACAAUCACAAUGGCGGCUCAUAUCAGAAGACGUCUAUAACGAGGAGCGCAAUCGUGGGCCGUCACCGAGGUCGUGUGGUGCUGCCGUCUUUGAUCAACGAUCAGGGGAUAUCUAUUUCAUGGGUAGAUACGCGAAUCCUGCUUUUGGAGAUCCGAUCCUUCGCGCCCCUGGGGAAUUUGUGUCUGAUUCUCAUAACAACGGGGAUUCGACAUCAAACCGACAGAACCAGCAACAAUCGCAAAACGUCGAUUCAAAUCAAAUCUCGUUGCCUCCUCCACAUGUUGUGAGUGCAGCUGGGACACUUCCCACAAUUGUCCUCGCACCCUCAUCUUCAUCCGGGGCCGUCCCAGUCAGUGGUGGAUCCUCAAUGUCCAAUACCCGACGAGGUCGUACGAGACGUGGUGUUGAGUCCUCGGGUGGUGAUGUUACACCCGACAAUCAAUCGGGAAACAGUUCAAGGGGCCGUGGGACUGUAACGAAGGACGACGGUAGUUCACGCAGUAAUGAAUUGAAGUCAGACUUCUGGCGUUACUCCACUAGGGGUCCAAACGAAGGAAAAUGGGAACUCAUUUCAGAAGAUACGGCAGCUGAAGGCGGGCCAGAAUUGGCCCAUGACUUGGCUAUGGUUGUGGACAGUGAAAACCAGGUGUUGUACGUCUCCGGAGGCCGGCUUGGCUCGGAUCUGGAACAGGGAGACAAAAAGUAUGGUGCCUUCUAUUCAUAUGACUUCAAAUUAGGUCGAUGGAAACGGAUUUUCGGGGAAUCACAUCACGGGCGACUUAGUAGUCAACGCCUGGUAUUGUCCAGAGAACGACAUUCUAUGGUGCUAGACAAUAAGUAUCACCACAUAUACAUCCUGGGGGGAGAAAGAGUCGAUCAGACUCUGAGUGAUAUAUUUAUCUACUCCACCCUUACGGGGGAUGUCGCUGAGGUGACCGUGAACCGCGACUCCCCUCAACCUCGGCCUUCAGACAUUCUUCGGGCAACAUACAAUGACCUGUCUCGCGAAAUAUACGUUGUAUCUGGUCUCUCGGGUUCAUCGAGUGCAUGUAACGAUGAUUCUGAAAGCCAGUCCAAUCCACGGAUCAGCCUAUGGAUUUACUCGAUUGACAACCAUGCAUGGACCCCAAUAUCGGAACAUGCGCGUGCAGAUGAUGAUACCGAUCCUAUGACAUCCAUGGAUGCCGAAGAUCCGAACCCUCGGCCUCGAUUGGGGUAUUCCAUCGUCUAUGAACCAUACCGACAAACCUUUUAUGCAUUUGGAGGCAAUGCAGGUGCUGAAGUUCGACUGGACGACUUUUGGGCACUAAGUCUCGUCAGACCUGAUGCAGAAGAUAUCAUACGAAAAGGCAGCCUUGCUAUUCGUCGUCAGAGGUAUUUCCCCUAUAUCCAUGUAUUGCGCAGUCUCACAUGGCUCUCAGGUUCACAGAGACGUGUGAAGACGGACAGACUAUUGAGGCUUUGCAAUACCUUCAGUCAGAGAUCUCUGCUCUGGUGGAUCACCAGGACGAAGAGGAAACAUCCGUUUUCCGUGGCCUUCUGUCGUUGUUACUCAGUCGGCCUUCCACGCCGUCUGAAGCUGUCCCCGUGGCCAACACUCGUGAUGUUGAAAUGACCUGGAAUUCAUCCACUGCCGAUUCAAUUCUUGUGGCAGAUGGGCCUCCCGUGAUAUCAAAUGUGCAAGAUAAAGAGAGGCACGCGCGACGAACUGCAAUUUUCGAGGAAUUGCUGGCAUAUGUUGAUCCGAGAGCGAAACAACCCAAGGCGGACCUCGUAGACCUUGUCCGUGGUGCGUCCAAUGGCCGCCACGUCUGACCUAAUACACUAUCUGGUAUUCGUGGGACUCCAAGCGUGGCUCAUACCUUUAGGUGAUGGGGUUCCAUAACGGAUUCAACAAAUGAGGCACACGGAGUUGCAAAAAGUAAGAACUGUCCUAGGCUUUAUACCGAAACAACGUUAGAU